GAAAUAACAGUUCACAAUGUUUAGCAAGUCGUACCAGCUGCUCCCUCAGAGGGACUCCACAAGUCCGAGGACUCCUGGAUUGUUUGUGGACACUGAUGGCUUCACACAGCCCGGCUACCAUAAAGGACUUUCAUUUGACAACAUGCCCAAUGUUUCUAAAUACGACUUUACUGAUGCCUCCCAGGGAUGGUUGUCGUGGAUUUGCAACCUGAUUGUUAUCUUCCUCGUCUACAUCUGUACCUUUGUAACAUUUCCUAUAACAGGAUGGUUUGUACUGAAAACUGUGCCUAACUACCAGAGGAUAGUAGUAUUUCGUCUGGGUCGAGUGUGUCCUCCAAAGGGCCCUGGUAUUGUCCUUGUGCUGCCCCUCAUUGACCAGUGGCAGAGAGUAGACCUGCGCACCCGUGCUUUCAACAUCCCUCCAUGCCAGGUGACUACUCGUGAUGAGGGUGUGUUGGCAGUGGGAGCAGACAUCCAGUUCAGGAUCUGGAACCCCGUCAUGUCAGUAGUAUCAGUCCAGGACCUGAACGCCUCGACCAGGAUGUCAGCACAGAAUGCUUUGACCCACAGCCUGGCCAAGAAGACUGUCAGGGAGAUCCAAACAGAGAGAGUUAAACUGGGAGAAUAUCUCGGGAUGGACAUAAAUGAGCUGACUCGGCACUGGGGGCUUGAGGUGGACAGGGUUGAACUGACCCUGGGCUCUUUACUAAAAGCACCAGAUGAAGGGCCCUCUGGACCCCUCAUCAUGCCUCCCUCUGUGCCUGGACUUGAAGGUCUCACUGGCCCCAUUCAGCAGUUGGCCAUGCACUUUCUGGGCCACAGUUCACAGCAUCAACAAAAGGACAGCAUAACUUUUACAGAUGAGCACAGCACUGCACCUCAGGCAGUUGGGGCCACAACAACUGUUGAAGAGCUGCUCGGUGGGGUCAAACUCGUGCUCUCUGAAACUUUGGUCCACCAGGUUGGGGCCUCUUUCCAGUUUGACAUAAGCUCAGAAGAUGGACAGCAUCACAGUUACUAUGUGGAUUUGAGCCAAGGUAGCGGUGCAGCUGGAGCAGGGUUGUUGUCAAGAGAGCCAGAUGUGACACUGAGUAUGAGUGACAACGACCUUCUGGCCAUGUUCCAAGGCGAGCUACAACCAUUUGCUGCUUACACCAGUGGCAGACUUAAAAUCCAGGGAGACAUUAAGACUGCAAUGAAGCUGGAAGAACUCAUAAAGCUGCUUAAGAAAUAACAAUCAUAUUACCAUUUGUAUAGGUAUAUAUUAAGUCCUAAAUUUUAACUGUAGACUGAAAGUUUUUCAUGUAUGCACUGAUUACAUUUGUUAUUUAAACUAAA